AAUAACAUAUGCUGCGGCGGCAGCUGCAGCAACAACAACAACCGUUUCGACGCUCUGGGGUGUGUGUGGAAGAGGUGACGACUCAUGUUUUUGCGUAGGGACCCGGAAGCCCGUUUCUUCCACCGGCUGCACGAGGCCGCCUGACGACGGUCCCUUCCCCCCGCUGCUUAUAAGGCUCGCGCACCCGAUUUGAACACGGCUCGUCGCGGCGGCGGUUGGGACUGGAGCUAGCACAGGAAGGGUGUGGUGGUGAAGAAGUCUCUGGCAGUAGAAAACGUCCUUCUCCGACUCUCCAGCCAUGGAGGGGAAGGCUAUGGCAUUCUGCAGCCCAUUGGCUGCCCAGCCUGGCAGCUGAAGGGGAAAGGCUUGCAGAUGGGUCAGGGGCUGUGGAGAGUGGCCAGGAACCAGCAGCUGCAACACCAGGGAUACGCGGGGCAAAGCUAUCUGUCCAGAGAGCAUGGUAGAAGGAUAGCUGCUAAUAACGUUUCAAAUGCAAACCAUCGGAAACAUGCCCAGGGAAGCAUUGACAUUUACCAUCUGUUGAAAACUCGGAAGUCAAAAGAACAAGAAGGGUUCAUCAACCUGGAAAUGUUGCCUCCUGAACUUAGCUUUACCAUUUUGUCAUACCUGAAUGCAACAGACCUCUGUCUUGCCUCAUGUGUUUGGCAGGAUCUUGCUAAUGAUGAGCUUCUUUGGCAAGGAUUGUGCAAAUCCACUUGGGGUCACUGUUCCAUAUACAAUAAGCGUCCGCCUCUGGGAUUUUCAUUUAGGAAAUUGUAUAUGCAGUUGGAUGAAGGCAGCCUCACCUUUAAUGCCAAUCCAGAAGAGGGAGUCAACUAUUUCAUGUCCAAUGGAAUACUGGAUGAUUCACCAAAGGAAAUAGCUAAGUUUAUCUUCUGUACGAGAACACUAAAUUGGAAGAAACUGAGAAUCUAUCUUGAUGAAAGGCGAGAUGUUUUAGAUGACCUUGUGACAUUACACAACUUCAGAAAUCAGUUCUUGCCAAAUGCACUAAGAGAGUUUUUCAAGCACAUUCAUGCCCCUGAGGAGCGUGGUGAAUAUCUUGAGACUCUUAUUACAAAGUUCUCACACAGAUUUUGUGCUUGUAACCCUGAUUUGAUGAGAGAACUUGGCCUUAGCCCAGAUGCUGUCUAUGUACUAUGCUACUCUUUGAUUCUGCUUUCCAUUGAUCUUACUAGUCCUCAUGUGAAAAACAAAAUGUCAAAGAGAGAAUUUAUCCGAAAUACACGCCGCGCUGCUCAGAACAUUAGUGAAGAUUUCGUUGGGCACCUUUAUGACAAUAUCUACCUUAUAGGCCAUGUGGCUGCCUAAAAAGCACAAUUUGCUAGGACUUAGAAUUUAUAGUUUAAAAGGAAUUGGAUCUUCAAUGAGAUUUGGGUUUUGUUUUGUUUUGUUGGUAGAUAUGGAGGUUAUAUUAGUGCUGGUCAUUCUAACCUCCGUCUGCAAUCAAAAAUGGACAUGAACAACUUUUUUUUAGCAAUUUACCAUGGGAACUGAAGAAUUUUGGAUUUUCUAAAAAUUUUGCUUACAGUUUGCACAAAAAUUACCAUUAGUUUGACAUGUUACAAUUUCUGAAUGUUAAACUGACAUGAUUUUAAACUGACAAGAUGGUGGACUUACGCAGUAGAUUUGCUUGAACACUUUAACCAGUUUGUUUUUUAAACACCAUGUAAUGUGUACAUAUUUAAAGAGAUUUAUAACCAUAAUUAUUUUAUUGUAAAAUAUUUUAACUAAAAAAUUUCCUGUCUCUAGACUAGACUAUGUCUUUUUGUAUUUAUUUAUUUCUUUACUUUGUGAGGCUGCUCUGGUUCAUUUUGCUGUUGCCUCUGUUUAAUAGCAUUUGGUGUGCACAUUCUUCAAAAGCUAAUUUAAAGACACAAAGCAUUUUAGAUUUUAAACUGCCAUUUACAGCCACCGGCCUAGCAUAACUGGAUAGUAUCUGGCUGCCUUUGUGCCUCAGUGUUUAGUGCCUUAAAACAUGGGGCAUUUUUUGUAGCUAUGGCUCCUCAGGGUUGGGUGCCUUCAUAGCGGCUGCCCAGUAGUAAUAAUAAUAAUA